UCUGAAAGCAAAAUGGCAGCAAAGCAAGGGAAGGUCUUCUCUGGGGAAGACGAUGAGUCCGACGAAGAGGAAGAAGAAUAUAAUCCUCCCUCCUGGGCGACUGCGCUGGCAUCGAAGCCCGUCGCUGCACCUCCCGUCGUCAACACAUCCGUUGAUCCUUCUGUCCGAAAGGACGACGGUCCAGUCGAUCAACCAAACGAUUCCACCGACACUUCUCCUACGGAUGUCGACGUCGUGGUGUUGACGGAUGAAGUGAGUCAUGUCGCCAUCACCCCAGCGCCGAAUCGAAUUCCUGUGCACACGCCACUUGAACCGUCGUCACGCGGCGUGCCCAUAGAACCUGUCGAUCCAUGGGCAGCAGCAAUGAAGGAAGAAUGGCCCGAGGAUGUUGGACGGAACAAGAUGGCCAUGGCUGGCGCGAGUCACUUGCACAGCGUUCUUGAAGGCACGUUGCAUCAGAUUACAGAACUCGCUGAAUCCCAAGAGCAUCUGCUAUCGGUGGUGAUGGAGCGAAAUCUACAUCUGAUGGGGCACCCGGACUUGAUGGUCGUCGAGCAGACCAUGUCGCAACUUCCGGCCUACUUUCAAAAAGUGAUCCAGCUCAAGCUCAAAAUGAACGACAUUACGAUGUCCCUGGAGAAACUGAAGAGUCGCGCCGACCAUCUCCAAGUCGAAGCGCAGAGUCGGGCGCUAGCGAUGGAAGAGCGAAAGGAAAAACAGAGCCAGUGGCAGCGACUCAUGCAAGUCACCAUGCCUCCACCGGCCCCGGAAAACAACUCCACGUAGUGACAUUCAACUAUGAUGUAAAUAGAUCCGUUCUCACCGGUGGGUAGCAGUCUUUGCUCGCACAGCGAAGUGUUCCUCAAGCCACGACCCUGCCUUCGAAUGCCGACUUUUGCUUCUCCCUACGGCGUAAUGGCUCACACAGCG